AUGUCUUCUCUCAACACAUCAACUGAGGCGUCUUGGCCCUCAGCGGGCGAGCUGAUGAUUCGCUCGACCAGCAACUCAAAUUUAGACAUCAAUCCUUUGCCCCUCGAGCAGCGGAGGGGCCUUAUUGCCGUCUCGAUAAUGGCACUUCUUUCAUUCCUCGCCACAUCAUCUCUCCUAGGUUUCAUCACAUAUCGCCUUAUUUUCUGGAAAUUACACUUCAAACGAUAUAUCGGCUACAAUCAGUACAUCAUUCUCAUCUACAACUUGGUUCUUGCCGACUUUUUACAAUCUAUCGCCUACCUCAUCUGCUUGAAAUGGAUAAUAGAUGACAAGAUUCAGUCUGGUACCGCUGCUUGUUUUCUUCAGGGCCUGUGGCUCCAAAUGGCAAAUCCAGGAAGCGGUCUUUUCGUCCUCGGAAUUGCCUUCCAUACCUUUUUGCUUAUCGUUUGGGGAUACAAGAUGACCCACAAAACCUUUGUCACUUUCGUUUGUGGGAUCUGGUCAAUGGUUCUUAUUCUUAUGAUCAUCCCUCUAGCAACUCAUGGGGCAGAUGCUUUUGUUCCCUCUGGCGCUUGGUGUUGGAUCAAGGAAGACUAUGAAGCCCUUCGUCUUUGGUCGCAUUAUUUCUGGAUUUUUCUCGCCGAGUUCGGCACUGUUUGUCUCUAUGCAGUGAUGUACACUCAGCUUCGGCGGCAAAUUUCCGCCUCCUCGAUUCUCGGCAAUAGCCACAUAGAGGGCUUGAAGCGUCUGCGCCGUGUCGUUGGAUAUAUGACCAUUUAUCCUAUUGUUUACGUCGUGCUGUCCCUUCCUUUGGCAGCCGGACGUAUGGCAAAUAUGAGUGGCAAAAUGCCCUCUGUUGCCUUUUUCUGCAGUGCCGGUGCUAUCAUUACUAGCUCCGGCCUUGUCGACGUUAUUUUAUAUACUCUCACACGCCGCAACCUCAUCAUCGACUCCGAACCUAGUCAGGAUCGCUCCUACAGCAAAUUCCCAGGCAGCCGUGGACGUGAUGUCAAAACUCAUCUAACUACCAUCACAGCCGAGCCUAAGAGCCGGAAGCAAGCGCCAAUUGGAAAGGUGCACCAGGAAACCACUAUUGAGGUUACCACAGAGCCUGCAUACCCGUCAGAAGGGGCGAGUGGGCGCUCUAGCAACGAAUUUUGUGAAGCUACGUCGAGUCCGAUGUGGAAAUGA